AUGUCGCAGCCUCUUCCAAAGUUAAUUGCACGAGAACGUCAAAUUAGGUCGGAGAAUGUCGCAUACAUUCGUGAACCCUUUGACAACAUCGAAACGGAAUCUAUUCUGGACCUUAGGAAAGACUACCGUAAUUGGCCCGAUUUAACUGGCGAGAAGAGUGACUUCAGCAUAGUCCAGUACCAGAAGAAACCCUCAUGUAACCGUGCUGCCAAUACUUGGCGUUCUGGUAUAGGAAUCACAACAAAUAGUGAGCAUGUCUUGGAGGCGCUCCAAGCCGGCUGGGUGGUGCGAAAUUACAAGUUCUUCGAAGGGGAGAGAGAUGCGCGGUUGGAAGCCCUACAUAACAAGUGUUCGACGGACACUGUGAAUUUUGGUGCAUGGACUUAUAGUGGAGUGGAAGGCAAGGAGCAUGUCGGGGCGACUGAACAUUUACUUUGCGCUCUUGAACUAGACUCCGACACCCGAGCUAAGAGAGCAUCGGCACCCGGAAAGUAUUUCGACGGCAAAUCUUCGGAGCGAGUUCUCCAGCUCAAUGCGUCUGACCGAUUCAUUGAGGGAAUGUUGAAAACUUAUGCAGAUGGCGAUGCUUGGCUGGUCAAGUAUGACACAAUCCUGUUCGACAUCACUGACGAUGGCUAUGCUAUUCCUCGAUCUGGCUUAGGCAUUACUACGAGCAGAGACUUUGCGAAACGGGUGCAUUCUAAUCCGGGAUGGGCGAUGCGCGUGUACAAGUUUACGAACAAAGAGCGGGCUGAGAAAUGGCAUCAGAUUGCAAGUCAUUGCAUUUCCCAGCCCGAAAACUUUGGCAGCUGGGAAUCGGACCCGGGUGGAAACGCCGGUUCGUGGAUCGGGACCAGUUCUUUCUUGAAAGAUGCCGCAGACAUAGCUGGCGCGGCCCCUGCAGCUGUAGGUGAUGCUCAAAGAAAACCGUCCAACAAAGCUGCAGGAAAGCUGCCCUUUGACCCAACUACAGAUGAAACACCACAGCCCACGUAG